AUGUCGAAAGGCACCAAGUACCUGCUGGUGUCGCUGCCGACGUCCAUCUCCCCCAGCAACCACGCCGAAGAAGCGCUGACAGCCCUGCGCUCGACCGUUACCAAUGACGUUGGCUCCACCCACCCGUUCGCGAUCCCCGAAUUCAAGAUUGGCACGCUCGACGCGUUGGUGCAGCAGGCCGACGACCUUGCGAAGCUCGAGAAUGCCUGCCACGGCGUCGUGGGCAAGGUGGGGGACAGCCUGCGCACCAUCCUCGACGGCGACGAGGGCAAGGUGCAGCAGCAGAAGACUAUCAACGACAAGCCUGUAGAGCAGUACCUGCGCACUUUCCAGUGGAACAAAGUCAAGUACCGCGCCGACAAGCCCAUCGCCGACCUCAUCGACCUGCUGCAGAAGGAGAUACAGGGCAUCGACAACGACGUCAAGGCCAAGUUCAGCCAGUACAACCAGACCAAGUCUGCUCUCGCCGCGGCCGAGCGCAAGAAGACGGGCAACCUGUCAACCAAGUCGCUCGUCUCGGUCGUCAACCCCAAUUCGCUAAUCCGCGACUCGGAAUACCUCGACACCCACCUCAUCGCCGUCCCCAACGUCACCGUCAAGGAGUUCUACAAGUCCUACGAGGAGCUCACCCCGAUGGUCGUCCCGCGCUCUGCCAACCAGCUGGCCAAGGACGACGAGUUCACAUUGUUUGCUGUCACAGUGUUCAAGAAGCAUUCGACCGACUUCGUACACAAGUGCAGGGAGAAGCGGUGGACACCCAGAGACUACAAGUACAAGGAAGGUGGAAAGGAAGAGGAGGCAAAGGAGGCAGACCAGCUCACUCGAGAUGCGCAGAAGCAGUGGGGCGACGCCCUGAGGUUAGGGCGGACAGGGUACAGCGAGAGCGCCAUGAUCUGGAUCCAUGUGCUUGCAUUACGAGUCUUCGUCGAGACAGUGCUACGGUACGGUCUGCCGCUUGAUUUCGUCUGCGGUAUCAUUCAGACGGGCGAUGCGAAGGCAGCGAAGAAGGCAAAGACCAACCUCGAUGCAGCCUACUCGUACUUGGGCGGCAACGCCUUUGGCCGCGACAACAAGGGCCGCGUUAAGAAGGACGACUCAGCUCUGACGGCUGAGAUGCAGUCAUCCGGGCAUGUUGGCGACCAAGAGUACACAGCAUACGUCUACUACGAGUUUGAGGUCGCAUAG